UACCACACGAAACAUGCUGAGGCUUCUUCAACCGAUCAAAUUGCCAUCGCCAAAAUCUUGCCCCCGAAACUAUCUACGAAAGCAUUUACAAAGAAGCUAAAGACAUUAAGGAUAUAAAUGAUGAGCAAAGGAAUUUAUCUUAGCUUUUGGUUCACUUUAAUUUCUCAGUGAAGAGGAUCAAUGAAUCCCCAGGAUCGAACCCAAAGCGAAUGCCCCAAAAAUGCUGUGCACAUGCAGCCGCCAGUGAGUAAACAAACAUAAAACCGUAAAUUGCUUACCAUGGCGCUGAUUUGAGCCUGCAGAGAUACUGCAGAUAUAUCGCGCAUAUCCCCGCCAUAGCCGCAGAUACGAUACGGUUAUGCGGAAUACAAGAUACUCGUACCCGUACACCAGACACAAACAAUUGUGAACAGCAUGUUUUGGUAAUGUUACGCUUGAAUUUCCUGUGCUACUCGUAAAACAUUUUGCAAACAAGAGAUACAAUCGAUCCUGAUAGAUUAUACCCUUCAGAAUGGGGUUGGAUGGAGAGAGACAGAGAGAGAGAGAGCGCAAACAUUAUCUAGGGGCUACACAACACCAUGGUGCAUAAAUCAAUAUUACGCUUAUCUUGACCAGCUGUGAGAAUUUGUGCGGCUGUACAUCGCAAAGAUAUUGCGAGGUCCCAGCCAUGACAGAAAUUGGAAACCACCAGCGACCAACGACCAACGACCAACAACCAACGAACAGUGCCAUUGACACCUCACUUGAGUUUCACUUUCCACACGACAUGGGUUACUGGUCGGAGACGCGGGCCUGGCUACUGAGGGAUCCAGCCAAGCUCAUCCGCUACCUGGUGCUCUUCGCCUGCAGCAUCGUGGUGAUUGUCCAGCUCUACGAGUGCUUCGCAAAGCUCUACGAUCCUCCCAUCUCCACACACUCCUACUACAACCUAAACGACACGAUUGAGAUGCCAGCGAUUACCCUAUGUCGGGAGCCACCCUACAGAGAGGAAGUUCUCACUAACCUCUCUGGGGGAUACUGUCCGCAUCCAAAGUAUGCCACCUGCUGGAUGAACUAUCCUUUUGGUGAAAUAUCUCUGGAUGAGUUCUUCGAGAAUGCCACCCACGAUAUCAGCGACACCUUUAUCCUCUACGGACUAAAUGGUGAUAAGGACAAUCUGGAAAUCGAAAGCAGUCUGCACUUUUAUAUGGGUCGCUGCUAUACCCUGCGCCCGAAGGCACCCGCCAAGCGGGUUUCCAAAGCUGUGGGCUACUCUCUGAUGGUAGAGCAUGCCAGAUCCACAACCUCGACCAGUGAUGUGGAUAUUGGAGGAUCCGGCUGGCAUGUCUUUAUUCACGAUAAACGAGAAAACUUUACAGAAAUCAACAUGAAGGGCUCUGGCCGUGUGGAAUAUGUUUUCGUGAAUGUCAAUGAGGAAAUCGAGAUCAAGCUGCAGAGUCAAUACUUUUCCAAUGUACAGACUCGCGAAGAGCCCUGCUCCAGCGAAGAGGGCUACAGUGACUUGAAGUGCGGCGAUCAUUGCAUCUGGCAGGAUUUGGCGGAUGAGUCAAAAUGUUCGGGUCCUUGGAUGCACGAGAUUGUCAACGAGCCCUGCAAUGACACCUUAUCCAUGCGGAAUCUAAUAGCGGACUAUAAGGAGGUCUAUGAAAACGAGAAUGACUUUGACUGUGACUGCAUUCAGCCCUGCCAGUCGCGAAUCUAUACAACAUUCAUACAGAGCCGUAAAGCGUUUAGCCAGCCAGAGCCCCGCUCUCUAAUCUAUAUAUACUACACAACCAAAUUGAUAUCGAUGAUUGAAGAGCGCCCAAGUUACGAUACAACGCAGUUUAUAGCCGAUGUGGGUGGCUCUUUGGGCUUCCUGUUGGGUCUUUCGGUUCUAGGACUCAUUGGAAUACUGGAACAUAUGACUCUCUUCUUUUGUGGAGGCUUCAUCAAGCGCAUGCAGCAGAAGGAGAAAAGUAAAUUGGGUGAAACAUCUGAGGAUGGUCAGUCCCAGAGCAGCGAUGAGACCAUCGAUGUGAGCACAGUCUAUAAGAAGAAGUCUAAGUAUUGAUAGAAGGAGUCAAGCUGGCUUGGCGUUCCAUAAAUCGUACUUAUACCUAAGCAUAAGCAACGUACUAAUCAAAUAAAUUUCUUACAUUUA